UUAUCACUGUAAAUGCGCUUGUAUGACUGGGUCUUAUAGCUAAAAAGGAAUGUUCUGCCCUGUUGGGCCCGUAUAUGUGACUUUUCCCAGCCUAAUAUUCGAGAGAGCGCUUAUCUGAAGGGGAAUCGUGGACGUAACUCGGCAGAAACCUGCACUGAAAGCGGACUAAUCUGAAGAGCCAGGCUUUUAGUUCAGCGCAGAAAUCCUCUGACUGUCACUCGGUCACCAUCGCAGACAGUCGGGCGAGCCAAGAUGGAGUGCCAAUGGAAGCCAGACGAGCAGGGACUUCAGCAGAUCUUACAGCUUCUGAGAGAGUCUCAGUCUCCUGACACAAGCACGCAGAGAUCCGUCCAACAAAAACUUGAACAGCUCAAUCAGUUUCCAGACUUCAACAAUUACUUGAUAUUUGUGCUCACCAAGCUGAAGUCAGAAGAUGAGCCCACUCGUUCCCUGAGUGGACUGAUCUUGAAGAACAAUGUUAAAGCCCACUACCAGAACUUUCCCAACGGAGUCUCUGACUUCAUCAAACACGAGUGCUUGCAGAACAUCGGAGACUCUUCACCUCUCAUUAGAGCCACAGUGGGUAUUCUCAUCACCACAAUAGCCUCUAAAGGAGAGUUACAGAACUGGCCAGAGCUUCUGCCCAAACUCUGUUUGCUGCUGGAUUCAGAGGACUACAACACAUGUGAAGGGGCCUUUGGAGCUCUGCAGAAGAUCUGCGAGGAUUCGGCUGAGAUUCUGGACAGUGACGUGUUGGACCGACCUCUCAAUGUCAUGAUCCCAAAAUUUCUGCAGUUUUUCAAACACAGCAGCCCCAAGAUCCGAUCUCACGCCAUUGCUUGUGUGAACCAGUUUAUCAUCAGCAGAACACAGGCACUUAUGCUGCACAUAGAUCCUUUCAUUGAAAACUUGUUUGCACUGGCGGGAGAUGAGGAGCCAGAGGUGAGGAAGAAUGUUUGCAGGGCUCUGGUCAUGCUGCUGGAGGUCCGCAUGGACCGUCUCCUUCCCCACAUGCACAACAUUACAGAGUACAUGUUGCAAAGGACGCAGGACCAGGAUGAGAAUGUUGCUUUGGAAGCCUGUGAGUUCUGGCUCACACUUGCAGAACAGCCUGUUUGUAAAGAUGUGCUUUGCGGACACCUGGCUAAGUUGGUACCAGUUUUGGUUAAUGGAAUGAAAUACUCAGAGAUCGACAUAAUUCUGCUGAAGGGUGAUGUUGAGGAGGAUGAAGCAAUCCCAGAUAGUGAGCAAGACAUUCGACCCAGAUUUCAUCGCUCGCGUACUGUUGCUCAGCAACAUGAGGGUGGGGACAGCAUUGAGGAUGAAGAAGACAACGAUGAGGACGAUCUGGAUGAUGAUGACACCAUCUCAGACUGGAACUUACGAAAAUGCUCUGCGGCAGCUUUGGAUGUUCUGGCAAACGUUUUUCGAGAAGAUCUGCUGCUACACAUUCUCCCUUUGCUGAAAGAACUGCUGUUCCACCCAGAAUGGGUCAUCAAAGAGUCAGGCAUACUUGUACUAGGAGCUAUUGCCGAGGGUUGUAUGCAGGGUAUGAUCCCAUACCUGCCUGAAUUGAUUCCUCACUUGGUGCAGUGUUUGUCUGAUAAGAAAGCUCUGGUCCGCUCCAUCACCUGCUGGACCCUGAGCCGCUACGCACACUGGGUGGUGAGCCAGCCUGCCGAUGCCUACCUCAAACCACUCAUGACUGAGCUGCUCAAACGCAUACUGGACAGCAACAAACGUGUCCAAGAGGCAGCAUGCAGUGCCUUUGCUACUCUGGAAGAGGAGGCAUGUACAGAGUUGGUGCCCUAUCUGGCCUACAUUCUGGACACACUGGUCUUUGCCUUCAGUAAAUACCAGCACAAGAACCUGCUUAUCCUUUAUGAUGCCAUUGGCACACUGGCAGAUUCUGUAGGCCUCCAUCUCAACAAACCGGAGUAUAUUCAGAUGUUGAUGCCGCCAUUGAUUCAGAAGUGGAACCAGCUGAAAGAUGAAGAUAAAGACCUUUUUCCUCUCCUGGAGUGCCUGUCAUCUGUGGCUACUGCCCUCCAGAGUGGCUUCCUACCAUACUGUGAGCCUGUCUAUCAGCGCUGUGUUAAUCUGGUCCAGAAAACUCUUGCGCAGGCCAUGCUCCAUCAGACUCAACCUGAAGUCUAUGAAGCUCCUGACAAAGACUUCAUGAUAGUGGCUCUGGAUUUGCUCAGUGGGCUAGCCGAGGGACUUGGAGGCAACAUUGAACAGCUGGUGGCCCGCAGUAACAUCCUCACCCUCAUGUACCAGUGCAUGCAGGAUAAAAUGCCAGAAGUACGACAGAGUUCUUUUGCCCUGUUGGGGGAUCUCACUAAAGCCUGUUUCCAGCAUGUCAAACCAUGUAUUGCGGAUUUCAUGCCUAUUUUAGGCACAAACCUCAAUCCAGAACUGAUAUCCGUGUGCAACAAUGCAACCUGGGCCAUUGGAGAGAUCUCUAUUCAAAUGGGCGCUGAGAUGCAGCCCUAUGUGUCCAUGGUCUUACACCACCUGAUAGAGAUCAUUAACAGACCCAACACACCCAAGACUCUGCUGGAAAAUACAGCAAUAACAAUUGGUCGUCUUGGUUACGUUUGUCCUCAAGAGGUGGCACCCAUGCUACAGCAGUUUAUAAGACCCUGGUGCACCUCACUACGCAAUAUAAGAGACAAUGAGGAAAAAGAUUCUGCCUUCAGGGGAAUCUGCACCAUGAUCACAGUCAACCCUGGAGGUGUGGUGCAGGAUUUUAUCUUUUUCUGUGAUGCCGUUGCAUCAUGGGUAAACCCUAAAGAUGAUCUACGAGACAUGUUCUGUAAGAUCUUACAUGGGUUUAAGAAUCAGGCUGGAGAAGAGAAUUGGAGGCGUUUCUCCGACCAGUUCCCCUUGCCUCUUAAAGAGCGACUUGCAGCCUUCUAUGGAGUCUAACCACUCCCGGAGAAACUGGCCUGCUGUAUAAGGUGACUGUGGGGGGAAAAAAGCACGGGAGCCUCAAAUCCCCAGGGAACAUGUUGCCCUUUAUGGGGGGGGAGGGUGGU